GGGAUGCGAUUAUGUGUCGAACAACUUUGCGUCCUUGUGCGCUCAUUUGAGAUUGCAUAUAAGAAAUGGCAAAAACGUCAAGUGUCCCUAUGAAGGUUGCUCAAAACAGUUCCGAGUAAGACAAUCCUUUGGAACUCACAUAUCUAGAAAACAUAGACAGUCAAGAGUAACACAACCCUCACAUGAACAGCCACACAUUGAGGUUACUGACGCUACAGAUGAGCCAUCAAUAGAUGGAAUGGAUACGGACUCUGGAAAAGAGGCAGAUACAUUUGUGAAGAAUUUGGCUUUGUUUUAUUUAAAAAUGCAGGCCAAAUUACUUUUGCCAGCUACAACAAUACAGUGCAUUAUUGAUGAGUUUCAGGAGGUUCACAGCAGUGGAAUGAAACAUAUACUUGAAAAGCUGAAACAAAAGUUAACAGAGUUGCACAUCCCCAAUGAAGAGAUACACAAGCUAGUCAGGGAACUUGAGCAAUAGGAUCUUUUAUCUAUUUAUAAUGAAGGUGCUUUAAGAUCAGACAGAACAAGACAAACAUACUUCAAAUAAAAUUUUGAUUAUGUUGCACCUGCCCAGAUGUACCUGGGAAAUAGCAAAGGGAAGGAACGCUUUUGUCAAUAUGUCCCGCUGAAGGAAACACUUUCUGCUUUGUUUAGGCAGUCUACUGUUAGGGAUCAGUAUUUACAAUCAAAAUCAAAUGUCCGGCUGGAUAUAGUUUUGAAUGAUGUUAGUGAUGGUAAAAAUGUCCAAAAAAAUGCCUUAAUGCAGGAAUCUCCCUCUUCAGUCUCUAUUAUCCUUUACCAGGAUUCAUUUGAAGUUGCAAACCCACUUGGCUCUGGCAAAAAGAAACACAAAAUUAUGGCCAUUUACAUGACAAUUGGAGAAAUAUUGCCUCACAAUCGUUCAACUGUUGACCCAACACAGCUUGUGUUACUUUGCAGGGAGGAAGACUUCAAAGAUUUUGGUGAGAAGAAAGUGUUUGCUCGCCUCAUUGAAGAUCUGAAAGACCUGGAGGAAACAGGGUUUCCGUCUGUUGAUGAUAUGGAAGCUGAAUGCAUUCAAGAGAUUAAAAAAAUCCUUCCAGAUCUGGAUGAUGAGCGUUUAAACAUGCUGAUUGAACCUGUAGUGGGAGUGCGGAAGAAAAGCCACCUGACUGUGGUAGAGAAAGAGGACCUGCAGAAUCAUUUAACGCCUUUAGAGUAUCGCUUAUUCAUGAGAGCUUUCCAACAAAAGGAGGGAAAUGGUACAGCCAGUGUCCCAGACGAACCAACGCAGUCCCUGUCGUUACUGGACACAUCUCUGACAGAGGAACAUCGCCACACACCUCCUCGCACGGCCACCACCUCCACUUUGAUACAGAAUCAGAAUGCAUGGGUUCAGAACUUUGCUAUUCCUUGGGACAAGAUGCCAGCCAGACUGUCACGCAGCAUAUCAAGAGGGAAGAGGGCUGAUCCUGCUGAUAGAAGAUCCAUGAUCAGAACAGUGGUGGGUGCCAUGCAAGAACAUUGUGCCAAUCCUAACAGGACUGCCUGUGUUGAAAUGGCAAAAAUGAUUGUCUCAAAGCAUCCCUUGACCUUUGCUGACACAUCAGUAGAUGGAGAACAGCUCGGCACUGGGUACCAUUCGCUUGUUAAUCAGUUGAAAACCAGAAUUGAACAUGUGAAUCGCAAUAACACCGUUGAUCGUAUACGGAAACCGAGGACGAGGGACGGUGAGGAUCCGGGCACCUCCACCAAAACUGUCCGAUGCAAGGCAGACAGUUAUGGUUGCAUUAACUGGCAGCCAAAAUUACUUCCGGAUGGAGAGUCUGCGGAAUCCUUGGAGCAGAGGAGACACAAUUUGACCACCAUAUUCCAGUCCGUUGGGCCCAGGGCUGUUGAAAUGCCAGAAGUUGACAUAUCAAUGUCUCUAACAUACAUCUACCAACGACAUAUGAUUAACGCAUGCCCCCCUCCUACAAUGUCUGAGAUGAAAGACCAGUGGCCUUUCCUUUUCACCAAGCGAGGAGUUUGCGAACAUUUCAAGAAUUUGACAGGCAUCGAUAUAACUACUCGUCUUGGAGAAGCACUUAUGACUAAGGGAAAACGGAUCAUUAAUUACUUUCAAGAACAGCACGACAAUAGCAUUCAGAGUCUGCUACGGGGGAUGGAGACGUCAAACAACAACCAGACGGCUAUUGGAGCAGUGCUCCUAAUGAUGAAGCACUUCAACGAAAAGGAGGAGUCCAUCUUCGUGUUAGCAGAUACAUUUGCAACGGCAACUUCAAUUGAGAAUGACAUGGACCUUCCUAUCACACCUCGACUGAUCGUGCUUGGGAACACAUUACUGACUUCCACAAAAUGGAUGGUGAGCAUGGAGGGGAAGGUGGCCUUUGUCUUGGAUGAGCACUUAAGUUUCACUGAUGCCCUAUUCUUUGUGAGAAUUAAUCCCGAGGAUGGAACUAAGUGUACAACAAAAACAGGAGUGAGCCGAAAAACAGGACAGUUGGUGAAGAGAAAGGCCUUACCAAUCAACAACAGAGUGGCGUCAUUUGUGUCUAGGCUGACCCAAUUUGAGUGGCAGCACUCAAACUAGGUGUGAAUGUCACAUUAGGGUAACAUAUUUUUCUGGUAGACUGUUUUAUAGUUUCUGGAGGGUUUGGCCCAAGGUUUUGGA